AUGUCGUCCGCCCCGCCCCCGUCAUUCGACGGCGCACCGCCACCGUACAUCCCGCCCACCUCGGCUGCGCCCAAGCCGGCCCACGCGCCGCCGUCGACCCCGUCGUCCAGUCGGGCGCCGCCGUCGCAGUCGGCGGUGGACCAGGUCGCCCGCAAGCUCGCCGGCCGGUCGGUCUCGGACCUCCACGCCCUCAUCAUGCUGCUGGUCUCGGCCGAUGCCCUUGCCUGCGAGUCCGCCAUCACCUUCCUCGCCUCACCGUCGACCGGCCCGCCCGCCUCUGUUACCGCUCCUGCUGCUCCAGACGCGUCGUCGGCCCCGCCGCCGGCUUCGUCGGCCGUUGGUGCCGCCGCUGCCGCCGCCGGCGCCGCCGGCGCCACCGCCGCCACGUACAAGAUGACCGAUGUCAGUCCGUCGGCACCAGCCGCGCCGGCCGCCCCGCCGCCGGAGAAGAAGAAGAAGCGUGGGUUCAUGAAGUCGAUCACCUCGACCUUCAACGACAUGAAGCAGUCGGCAACGCUGGCCAAGGCCCAGAUGGGCGUCGCCAUGGGCGUCACCUACGACGCCAAAAAGUUCCGCGCCGCUUUUGAGCUCGCGCCGGACCAGCCCAUGCUCGCCGACGCCCAGUGCGUGCUCCUCAAUGGUGCCAGUCCGCUCUCGGGCCAGAUGUACAUCACGCCCUCGCUCCUCUGCGUCUACACCAUCACCCACUCCAAGGAGGUCAAGGUCAAGAUCGACAUGCUCACCAUCACCCACAUCAUCGCACGUACUUGCCCCAACUACAAGAACAAGAAGGAAGAGCCGGUCAUCAUCGACACCCCGCAUGGCUCGCGCGCUAACGUGCUCCAGGUCUACUGCAACGACGGCCUCAUCCACACCGUCGUCCUCGACCCGACAAAGAUGGAGCCCAUCGCCACUUGGCUCCACCUUAUCUGGGACCGCACCCUCAACAACGGCCAGCGGACGCUCCCGGUCCUUGCCGCCCCGACUCCGGUCCACACCGCCUUUAAGCUCCACCAGUCUGAGCCCGUCCUCGGCGAGUCCAAGUGCAAGCUCAUCAACGGUACUGAUGCCGUCUCGGUUGUCUUCCACCUCUUCCUCAACUACUUUGGCUUUGAGGUUGCGGGCUCUCCCGUCCUCAUCCCCUACACCACCGUCUCGUCCAUCGUCGCUGCUCGCGCCUCCAAGAUGGCCGGCUCGCCCGUCCCGGUCUACACCACCGACGGCUGCAUGCACCAAUUCUUCAACUUUUCCGGCGACUUUUUCAAGCUCCACGCCCAGGUCAUCUACUGCCACGCCAUGGCUAGCGGGGCCGCGCCGGUCCACCUCUCGUAG